UUUAAUUUGUGUCCAAGUUGGCUAUAUAUUAUACUUGGACAUGGUUGUCGAAGCUCACCAAAAUCUCCAGCAUUUCUACUCCUUCCAUUAAUAUGGAAAACAGAAGAUGCAAAAUGUUGCCAACCAUGUUGUUCAUGUCUCUCUUUAUUCUAACUUUCAUGUUUAGCUCCUCUUCAACCAGUACUGCAUAUGUGAAUGAAGAAGGUGACUUGGAGACUUAUAUUGUCCUCUUAAAGAAACCAGAAGGAAAUUUGUUCACAGAGUCCAAAGAUUUAGAAAGCUGGUAUCGAUCAUUUUUGGCAGCUGACACUUCAGAUAAACCACGUUUGAUUCACCAUUAUCGUCAUGUGGCUACUGGGUUUGCUGCAAAACUUACAGCAGAUGAAGCAAAGGCAAUGGAAAUGAGGGAAGAGUUGCUGUUAUUUCGGCCUCAAAGGAUGGUGCCUCUGCACACAACUCGUACGCCUAGCUUCUUGGGUCUUCAGCAAAAUUUAGGAUUUUGGAAAUCUUCAAAUUAUGGCGAAGGAGUAAUUAUUGGAGUUGUGGACAGUGGAAUAGCUCCUGAUCAUCCUUCAUUUAGUGGUGAAGGAAUGCCUCCUCCACCAGCAAAAUGGAAAGGGAAAUGUGAGUUCAAUGCAACUCUGUGCAACAACAAGCUCAUUGGUCUGAGAAACUUCGAUGGCACCAGUAAUGACAUGUUUGACAGAGACAAGCAUGGAACCCACACUUCAGGCACAGCAGCUGGGAGUCCUGUUAAAGGUGCCAGUUUGUUUGGGCAAGCUAAUGGCACUGCAAUUGGCAUGGCACCGUUGGCCCACUUGGCAAUGUACAAAGUUUCCGGCAGAGACAAUAAGACCGGCGAAGCUGAGGUAUUGGCUGCAAUGGACGCUGCCAUCGAUGAUGGAGUUGAUGUACUUUCACUAUCUAUUGGUUAUAAUUCUCAUCCUUUCUAUGAUGAUGCAAUUGCAAUUGGAGCCUAUGCAGCCAUUCAAAAAGGGAUAUUUGUCAGCUGUUCAGCAGGCAACGAUGGGCCUGUUUAUCGUACUUUAUCGAAUGAAGCACCAUGGAUUCUAACUGUAGGAGCAAGCACUCAUGACAGAGAAAUAAGAGCAACUGUGUUGCUUGGAAACAAUAAAGAACUAAAUGGUGAAUCCCUUUUUCAGCCAAAAGAUUUUCAUUCAUCACAGCUGCCACUUGUUUAUGCGGGAGCAAGUGGUAAUGCUUCAUCUGCAUCCUGCGAAAAAGGAUCACUGAGAAAAGUUGAUGUUAAAGGAAAGGUAGUGUUGUGUGAAGGAGGAUCUGAAACAAUUUCAAAAGGCAAAGAGGUCAAAAGAAAUAGAGGCGCUGCCAUAAUCAUAAUGAAUGAUGAGAUUGAAGGCUUUUAUAUCCAACCUGAUCAUCAUGUACUUCCUGCAUCUCAUGUGAGUUACGCAGCAGGAUCAGCAAUUAAAGCUUAUAUAAACUCAACAUCGUCGCCAACUGCUACAAUCCUGUUUAAAGGAACUGUAACUGGCGUACCAACUGCUCCUCAAGUAGCCUGGUUUUCGUCCAGAGGUCCUAGCAUUGCAAGUCCUGGGAUCUUAAAACCUGACAUUAUAGGACCUGGUCAGAACAUUUUAGCUGCUUAUCCAGUUUCAGUUGAUCUUAUUACCAAAUUUGGUAUGAUCUCUGGUACCUCAAUGUCUUGUCCUCAUCUUAGCGGCAUUGCAGCUCUUCUCAAAAGUGCCCAUCCAAACUGGUCACCUGCUGCUGUAAAAUCUGCCAUCAUGACUACUGCUAAUUUGCGUAACCUUGGAGGCGAGCCCAUUUCUGAACCAAUCAAGCUUCGUCCAGCUAAUUUCUUUGACAUGGGUGCAGGCCAUGUGAACCCAUCAAGAGCAAAUGAUCCUGGCCUUGUUUAUGAUCUCAAACCAAAUGAUUACAUUCCUUACUUAUGUGGUCUUGGUUAUUCAGACAAACAAGUGAGAAUUAUAGUGCAGCAAAAAGUGAAGUGCUCAAAUAAAUCAAGCAUUCCUGAAUCUCAGCUGAAUUACCCUUCAUUUUCUAUCUUAUUGGGAUCUACUCUGCAGAAAUAUACAAGAAAGGUUACGAAUGUUGGCCGGCCCAACUCAGUUUACUCCAUUGAUAUCUCUUCUCCUGAAGGUGUACUUGUUAAGGUAACACCUCGUACGAUUCGUUUCAGUAGGCUGAACCAGAAGGCUACAUACUCUGUAACAUUCAGCAAAAGAGGGAACGUUAGUAUAUCUUUUGCCGAGGGAUACCUGAAGUGGGUGACUGAUGGAUAUAGUGUCGGAAGUCCGAUUGCUGUCUUAUUUACAUAGGCAUGCAUAGAAGUAUCUGGUUAUGGAUGUGCAGUCCAAGCCAAGUUUGCUUCUGAAUGUGAAACUAGUUAAAGUUGCAUAUGUAAAUAAUGAAUCGUUGCUAAACAUGACGAUUCUUGGUUGUUGGAGUUGACGAGAUUUUCAUGACUUAAGGAAGAUUUGCUGAUGGGAUUUCUUACUGUGUAAAGAUUUCUUCUUUGCGUGUGAAAAGGAAGAAUUAGCUAUCAGAAAAAGAGACUCUGUGUAUUUCUGUAAAAGUGUUGCUAUAAAAUUAGAAAAAAAAGAAGAAAAAGAGCUCUGUAUUUUAUCAAUAUGAAGUAUGAAGUUUGAUUUUCUCUUUUUUAUUGUGUUA